UCAGAAUAGAUUUGUUUGUUUACUUCAGGAUCUACUAAAAUACGAAGUCUCUGAUAAUGACAGACACAUACUUUCCUAAUUGUUAUUAUUUUUGACAGUAUAUUGACAGUGACAACUAGAAAUUCUCGUAAAUUCAGUCGGCUAGUCGGUUCAAUUGGCUAGUUUACUGAAAUGGUCAAGAAAUCUGUGUUGAAAUCAAAGUGUCUUGAUGAAAAAACCCGUGUUUUUUCAGCAUAUUAGUUAUUUGAUUCUUAGGUGUUCUAUUUGUAAUGGGAUGAAGCUAUAGAAAAUAAAAUUAGUAGGUCAUAAAUGUGAGCAAGGCAUUCUCAAUGAAUAAAGAGCAUGAGAAAAUUGAAAUGGAUUCAGGAGUAGGAAGUGAUGAAGACUGGAGAGGCAGGACAAAAGAGCAAAAGCAACUACAUAACCAACAACUACUUAGUGGUUGCUUCAUCGAUGCUGCCAGUUUAUCUGAUGAUGCUGAUACUGCAGAUCAAAGACGAUCCGAUGAGCGACGGCAAGGGGCUUUGUUAUUUCAGACCGCUGUACCCCAUUUUUCUAUGUUACAAAUGUCAAAUUCACAUCACGAGGAUCAUCACUUCUCUAGUUCAUCAGGCAAUUUACCUCACUUCGCAGAAACAAACACACCUUUCAAUUCUAUUGUUCAGCUUGAUACCGAGGCAUCAGAAACGUCUAGGAAGACACCGCUUGGAUUUUAUGUUGAUCUUAGCAAUGUUUCUGAUAUCCCUUCUUCACCCCCAUCGGCAUCUGCUACCAAAAAUAUAUUUUCGAUGGUGAUUGAUUUUGAAGGUCCAAAAAAAGAUAAACCAGUCAAACUUAGCUCUUCUUUGACUUCUUACAGAAGAAACAAGCCACUUAAUAAGACAAAUCUACUGCCAAAAAGUAAUGGAAGUCUGUCUUCAAGCAUCAGCUCUUUAAAUUCUAGCUGUGUAGCUGGUACCAGUAGACAGUCAGAGGAACAAGAAAUUAGGUCGAUUAGCAAAGGGGUGAAUAUCGAGGUCCUCAGCGCUUCUCUGGUUAAAAAUGUGUCAGUGUCAUCAAAGUCAUCAAAUAGUAGUGAAAAUAUAAGCGAUAAGCAUUACAAUGAUUUAGACAGAGAUUCCCCAAAGGAGUCUGUGGAAGAAGAGCAUAUUGAAUGUGAUAAAAUAUCAGAAAAAAACUACGAAGAUACUGCUAGUAACUCAUCAAGUCACAAUAUAGAGAAUAAACAAAUACAAGGGAAUAAUGAAGACCUCAAAUCAGACCCCAAGACCUGUCCGCAGUUCGUGAAGCUAUCAGAUUUGGAAUGUCAGAAACCUCGAGUGGACCUCAACUUUGUCACCCGAAUGAGUCGCUCCAUCCCCGAGAGCUCGUGGGUGGAGAGCCCCUUUCUCAUGUCACAUUCCAUGGGUUAUCGGACGGCCCCUCACCCCUUGGAGGCAGAAAACAGUGGAACUAAUUCGGAUUCGGAUGUUUCUCUGCCACCGGAGGUAUCUCAGCCAAAAAAAUGCGUCCGGAAAUUGGGAACGGACCUGUUGCGCAUGUUCCUGGAAGAAAUCGGACCGGAUGUCGUCGUGGAAGUCGAGGGGCGCAAGCUGAAGGCACACAAGUGUAUUUUGGCUUCGAGAUGUCAGUAUUUUGCUGCGCUUUUGAGUGGAAAUUGGUUGGAGAAAAGCGGAAAUAUCAUUUCCAUGCAGGGGUUCUCAUACGAGUCCAUCUACUUUGCCCUUUGCCAUAUCUACAGCGGUGCGGCCCAUGUUCCGGAUUCCAUCAGUCUUGUCGAACUCGCUUCUCUCGCUGAUAUGCUGGGACUCGAAGGAUUGAAAGAGGUAGUUGAACAUGCUUUAAAGCAGAGACACUGCCACAAUUUCCACAAGCCUUGCGCUGGAUGUUGCACUGGGGUCCUGGAAGUACUGCCUUUGUCUGCUGCUUAUGGUCUGGAUGAUCUAUAUCAAAGAUGCUUGCAAUGGAUCACCCAACAUUUUGUGCGUGUUUGGCCGAGUAGAGCUUUUGCCAGUCUUCCCAGGGAAUUGAGAGAGAAGUGUUAUCAGCAGCAUGUGGUCCAUAUGACUCCUGAUAGAGUAUUGGAAACUAUUUUGUCUUGUGACAAGGUUCUCGCAACUCUUCCAACGAUGCGUUGGGCAGAACCAGUGACUCAAUUAGUAUUGCAACUAACUGACGCCUGUCACCUCUAUCACCGGCAGCAUUUUGCAUCAGUGUUGAGUUCACAAUACGUUGUGAAUUUGGAUACAGGAUUAGGAUUUGGCAUUUGUCAGAUUGAAGAGAGAAUGUUGAUGGCAGCUAAGAAUUUAGGAGUAGAACAAGCUUGUCGUAGUUAUUCUAGAUGUUGCAAAAUGCUAGAUCAAAACUGGAGCAGACCAUUUGCAGACUUACUGAAUAAAGUUAAGAUACAUUUAGAACAGUGUCUUGUCGGACAAGCAGACAGGUUGAUUAGAAGCAAUGCCUGGUUACGACUUGACACACCAUUAAGAACACGAAUCAAGGAACUAACUCCCAGCAUGGAACCUUCGAGUCGUCUACCUCGUGCUACUCCUUCAGCUAGAAAACCCUCCUCAACGUCUAAACUCAACAUCCACAGUCCUCUACUAAGUUCUUCUGAUUCAUCCAGAAACUCCAGUCCAGGUAUCAAUCAACAAGGUCGUUUACACACUUCAACCGCCAGCCCAUCUCUUCGGCGAAGUCUCUUGCUCGCUGCCAAGGCACCCCAGGUGCCUCCAAGUCCAUCCACACACCGCCGAAGUACCUUAACACAACCUACUGCUGCCAGUACGGCAAAGUCUGCUGCGUCCAAAACCACGACCAAGACCCAAGUGAGGGCUCCGCCAAAACCAAUUAAUGUCAAACCUCCUGUUCAAACCACGGUAUCAAAGCCCAUUCCAUCCAGAAAGCCUCCUGUAACCAUUUCUAGAAAUCCUAGCAAAGGUAAGAAGGAAGCUCCGUUAACUGUUGUUUCGAAAAAAACAGAUAGCAGGGCCAGUUCUCCGCUGAAGGUAGAUAGUCGAACGAGUUCACCCAAAAAGUUGGACAGCAGAGUGACUUCUCCAAUUAAAGCCAAUAUCAGAAGUCCUUCACCACUCAAAGAUACAAGUAAAUCUCCAAGAAGGGUAGUGAAAGGUGAUCGGUCUGCGAAAUCAGUUCCAGUAGCGCCACCGACAAUGCACAGAUCAAAUACCUUUCUGAAAGAUGAACCUACUGUUUUGGAGUAUGCAGGUCGGAAGUUGCUAAGCAGACAAUACAAAUACUUUGUUUUUGGGAACUGCUUUCAAAAUAGUGAGUAUUCAAAUCCUAUAAUUUUGUUUCAAUAAUCAUGUAUUUUGACUACGUUGUUAAAAAUAUCGGUUAAUUUCUUAAGAGAUUGCAUUCUCUAGAUGUAAAGAAUAACGCAUACAUUUUUUUCCUGAUUGACUCGGCCGUUACUUAAUGAAGAUGAUUGUAAUUUCAUUAACUACA